GUAUCCCAUAUCAACCUCAGUCACAUAUCAACAUUAGCCACAUUUUUCCCAUUGGUUCUGCACUCAAGAAACAACAUAAUCCUCCAUCCUCACUUCCAUCUCCUCCAUAUUGUACACCGCAAAUUCUUGACCAUGUGUCGGUUCCCGUCGAACCACUCCACUGCCCCAAAUCGUCCGACACAAAUGCCUGCCUUAAGUACUCAACGACUCCUCCACCGGCUCUUGGAAUAUGUCAUCCUGCCCCUUGAGCGCUUCCCUCGUCUCCUCCGACCGCCUUGCACAUUGGGCUCUUCACGGGCCCGCUCCUCUUCAUACCCGAUCCUGCGCAGCCCGCCAGUGUUUCUAGCCCCAGGGACGACACGACUAACCCAUUGUCCCGGACAAGCCCGUCCGCAAGGGACAUUUGCCAAAAAUUGGGACCAACAAGAAAUCGAAGGCCCGAGCCUGGCCAUCUUUCGGAGAAUCAGCCUCGGACAAGAGCUCGAUGCCAGCGCCUUUAAGAUAGUCGAGAUCGUUCUCGAGCUGGUGGGCGCCCAAGACCAGGCCCUUUUGGCCAUUAUUGAUGAGACUCUCAACCUUUACAUUUCUAAGAGAGAUGGAAUCCUUGUCCAGGCGCCGCGCGCCUCCCUGCCGGCACCGGACCCUCAGAGCGAGCUCCACCACGAGUCGCUGAUGUUCUUCGCCUCCGGCUGCUCCAGAUUACCAAUCAACUCACGGUCACUUCUGGCUUCCCGGCCAUGGUUGGAGCGGCGGAGGCUCCAUCCGCCGCAGAUGGCUGCUAGUGCGGCGAGCGCGACGGAGAAGAUUUCGCCCAUCACUAUUACCGAUCCAAUUUAG